AUGCAUCAGCACCAGAGCAGAGCAAAGAUGCCCAGCGUCUUUGCCUACCAGAGCUCUGAGGUGGAUUGGUGCGAGAGCAAUUUCCAGCACUCAGAGCUGGUGGCUGAGUUCUACAAUACGUUCAGCAAUGUGUUCUUCCUCAUCUUUGGACCACUCAUGAUGUUCCUCAUGCAUCCUUACGCUCAGAAGCGUACCUGGGCCAUCUACGGGGUCUCAGUCCUCUUCAUGGUCAUAGGUCUGUUCUCCAUGUAUUUCCACAUGACACUCAGCUUCGUGGGGCAGCUGCUGGAUGAGAUCUCCAUCCUGUGGUUGCUGGCCAGUGGCUACAGCGUGUGGAUGCCCCGUUGCUACUUCCCCAAGUUCACCAAGGGGAGCAGGUACUACUUCAGCUGCUUUGUGAUUCUGACCACUAUAAUCAGCACCUUUUUGACGUUUGUGAAGCCCACGAUCAAUGCAUACGCCCUCAACAGCAUCGCCAUACACAUUGUCUACAUUGUGCACCAAGAGUACAAGAAGACCAGCGAUGGGGAUCUUCGGCAUCUGAUUGAGAUGUCUGUGAUCUUAUGGGCUGCCGCGCUGACAAGCUGGAUCAGUGACCGUGUACUUUGCAGUUUCUGGCAGCGGAUUCACUUCUUCUACCUGCAUAGCAUUUGGCAUGUCCUCAUAAGCUUCACCUUCCCUUAUGGUAUCGUGACUAUGGCCCUGGUGGAUGCCAAGUAUGAGAUGCCAGGUGAAACCCUCAAAGUCCACUACUGGCCCCGGGAUAGUUGGUUCAUCGGGCUACCCUAUGUGGAGAUCCAGAACAACGACAAGAGCUGCUGA